AUGGCUCCAACUGAGAGAAAGGCGAAAGCCAAGGCUAGCGCUUCGGCGAAGGCCAAGGUUGACAAGAACCCUCAGCCAAACAAUGGUCGCCCAUCCACUGAGCAAUACCUCAUGGCUCUGAUUCAUACUGCAAAGCAGCCAGUCCAGUUUGACUAUGAGACUGCAGCCAACGUGCUCGGCAUCCACAAAGUGACUUGUCAAACCCGAUACCAUCGGCUGAAGAAGACUUACUACCCGGAGGAUGUGAAGCCCAGCCCUAAGAAAAGGGGAGAGGCCACUGUCACCCAGCGACCUGCCUCGGCCGAGCCCGAUGUGACCGGUUCACCCGGUGAACACGACGAACACGAGGAGCACGAGGAGCACGAGGACCGCGAUGAGGUUGUGAAGAUGGAAGAUACCUCUGACUAA